AUGGCUAGUAAGGCAGCAUUGAAAGCUGUCAGAACAGCUCUUGAUGCGAAAGAGUUUGAGGUUGCAGCUGAGAAAGCGAAGGCGCUAGUUAAACAAGAGCCAAAGAAUUACCAUGCCAAUGUUUUCCUUGGUCUUGCGCUCGACAAGCUGAACCGAAUUGAGGAAUCAGAGAAGGCAUACCUGGCUGCAACGCGAUUAAAUGAGAACGACAGGACAGCGUGGCAGGGUCUCGUUAAAGUAUACGAGAGACAGGGAGGCCAGAAGCUGGAGGACUACCGCACUGCUGUGCUAAGAUUGGCCCACAUCUUCGCCGAAGCCGAAGACAAGCAUCGUUGCCAAGACUUGGUCGACAAGUUCGUCAGCUACUCCAGGAAGAAUGGGUCACGGACUCAACUGAAACGAGCUCUCGAGCUUCACUUGCCAGACAGCCCCUUUUACUCGUUCCUCGAGGGCCGCGUGCCGCAUCCCUCGCACACGUACCUCCGUCUCAUCGAACUCACCGAAUCUGAGGAGAAAGAAUUCAUCAAUAGGGAGAUCGGAGAGCGACGGACUCGUUUGGGUGCAAGGAUAGAUCAAGUGACUGUUGAGGUCAAACGAGAAGCCUUUAAGCGAAGCGAACUUGAACGACUAUAUCGCGGGAUAAUUGACUGGUCGCACGACGACGACACACGCCGGAAGUAUGAAGAGAAACUGCUGGAACGAUCCUUCAACUUGCUGUCUCUUCUCCCCUUGGAGGAAAAAGCAGGGAAAAGAGACGAGGUGUUACAGGCGGCUCGCGACAUGGUUAUUAUCAAACACCCGUUUGAACUCGCCUGGAAGAUCGUCCUUGAGUGGCAAGAUGUUGAAAGUUUUUCGCAAUGGGACCUUGGACUUCUGGAAAACUACAUUGAGUUUUUCCCCGAAGAUGGGCUUUCAAAAGUGCUCAAAGGUUUCCUAGCUAGCAACAUCUCUCCUUUUCCAAAGGAACCACCUGCCGAUGACGAAGAUUGUGAAGAGGCUAACGGCGACAAUGGGGAAUUGGCUGUUCAGGAUCAGCUCAUUAUGAUGACUGAAGGCCUCGAGUUUGCUCAAAGUUCGAUCAUUGCUCAUCGGAUCAUGGGCGAGUUUUACCUCUCCCUUGACGAAUUCGAAAGUGUUGUGGAUGUGGCUCGCAAGGGACUUCGCAAUGUGGAAAAUGUGGUGAAGGCAACAGGGCUUGAUCUGGUGAAUACAACAGAUAUGAUUAACAUUGUUCUUGCAAACGCCUUGGUCACUUAUCAAUCACCCCGACACCAUCCAGAAGCCAAGUUAAUCUUCGAGGCGAUUCUCAAACGAAAGCCAACAUCUACAGAGUGCUUGCUUGGCAUCGGAUUGAUCUUAAAGGUUGAUGAAGACUAUGCGGAGGCUGUGGAUUUCCUUCAGCGAGCAUCGGAACGGGAUCCCUCCAACAUCAAGAUCCAAGCUGAAUGGGCAUGGUGCAAAGCCCUUAACGGUGAUCUCGAUACAGCACUUGGAUCCUUGCAACAUGUGCUUUCUGAGGCAUCCGAGAUGCAGCCCGAAAACCGAGACUUCAAAGCCGAAAUUCACUAUCGAAUUGGUUACUGCCAAUGGGAAAUAGAUCCGUCUCCUUCCGCGCGAAAGGAUCGCAACGGUGCAUACGCGAGCUUCCUCGCCUCAAUACAAAUGAACAUGAAUUUUGCGCCGGCGUACUCAAGCCUAGGCUUUUAUUACGCAGAUUACAAGAAGGACAAGACACGCGCACGAAGGUGUUUCCACAAAGCAUUCGAACUGUCAUCAUCCGAGAUCGAAGCGGGUGAACGUCUUGCGAGGGCUUUUGCGGAUCAAAAGGAAUGGGACUUGGUAGAAGCAGUUGCACAGCGUGCGGUUGACUCUGGAAAGACAAAGCCUGCCCCUGGAUCGAAGAGAAAAGGCUAUAGCUGGCCGCAUGCAGCUCUUGGUACGGUGCAGAUCAACAAGCAGCAAUACACUAAGAGUAUUGUUUCAUUCCAAGCCGCAUUGAGGAUUUCACCUGAUGAUUACCAUUGCUGGGUUGGCCUAGGCGAGAGCUACCAUCACUCAGGGCGGUACAUUGCUUCCAUGAAAGCCUUUGAGCAUGCUCAAGUACUCGAAGAAAAUAUUCCAGGUAGAGACAAGGAGCAGGUCUGGUUCGCUCGGUACAUGCUUGCCAACGUGAAGAGGGAACUCGGUGAAUACGAUGACGCUAUUGCCAGAUAUGAGGAAGUACUUCAAUUGCGACCCAAGGAAACCGGCGUUGCGAUUGCACUGCUCCAGACCCUCACAGAGAGCGCAUGGAGAAGUCUAGAACUCGGUCUCUUCAAUGAUGCCGCCGAGUUGGGGCGCAAGGCCGUUGAGACGGCUACCACUCUCGCUCAAGAGAAAACCAGCAUGUUCAAUCUCUGGAAGGCAGUUGGCGAUGCCUGUGCAGUCUUUUCUUACGUCAAGAUGAAGGCUGAAAAGUUGCCGGUUUCCAUGGUCUGCGAGCUGCUUUCGAUCGAGCUCGAUACUGCCGCAUUCGACAUCAUUGUGGAUGUUGAUGAAGUGGGAAAAAGCACACUGUCAUCAUUGAAGCCCGACGCCGACGAGGCGGGGACGUACACCCAGUCGAAUGCCUGCAUCUAUGCUGCAAUUCUUGCCUACAAACGAGCCAUUCACGUGUCCCUGCCGGACAUCCAUGCACAGGCCGUUGCUUGGUACAAUCUUGGAUGGGCUGAAUAUCGAGCAUUCAAGUGCCUACAAUUUGAUGUGGGCAAAAAGGGCAAAAAGCAGCUACGUCGGUUCUUGAAGGCUGCCAUGAGAUGUUUCAAACGGGCGAUCGAAUUGGAGUCUGGAAAUUCGGAGUUCUGGAAUGCUUUGGGCGUUGUGACCACAGCCUUGAGCCCAAAGGUGGCCCAACACUCCUUUGUGAGAAGUCUCUACCUAAAUGAGAAGAGUGCUCAAGUUUGGGGAAACCUUGGGGCGCUGUAUAUCCUGCAUAACGACAUCCAGCUCGCCAAUGAGGCCUUCACGCGUGCCCAGUCGACUGACCCCGACUACGCUCCAGCCUGGAUCGGCCAGGGCCUUCUCGCUCUACUUGUUGGUGAUGUGAAAGAAGCGCGGGGGCUGUUUGAGCAUGCCUUUGAUAUCUCGAAUUCAUCGGCGGCUCUGCCAAAGCGCCAGUUCACGCUCAGCUUGUUCGAUCACCUUCUCACGGACACAUCUAUUUCGAAUGAAAUCUCACAGCUGAUCCAACCGCUCUUUGCACUCCUUCAGCUUCGAUGCCAGGAUCCCUUUGACCUGCCCUUUGUGCAUCUGUCUGCUCUUAUCGCCGAGCGAGUCGGGGAGAUCUCAGAUGCGGAAUCCAGUCUGCAAGCCGUUUGCUCUGGUGUCGAAGCGGAGUACGAAAUUGCCGAGUCCGCAUCCUCUUUGGUGAGGUACGCACAGGCGAAUGCCGAUCUGGCUCGCAUCCAUCUCGCACAGGGCGAAUGGAGUGACGCUGCCGAGCGGGCGGAGACUGCCAUCACAUUGUCCGGCGAGGAAGAUGCGGACAAAUUCGAUGCCGAAACGAAUGGCAAGCUGCGUCUGUCUGCACACCUUACAGCCGGUCUGGCGUACUAUUAUCUGAAAUCGAUGGACCGGGCGAUCGACAUGUUCCGCGAUGCUCUCCAAGAGGCUGACCACACGCCUGACGUAGUGUGUCUCCUUGCGCAGGUUCUGUGGGCCAAGGGAGGCGAGGAGGAGAAGGAUGUGGCGCGGCAGCAGCUCUUUGACUGCGUGGAAAAGCACCCCGACCAUAUCGGUGCGGUGACACUACUGGGAGCAAUUGCGCUGCUGGACGCCGACGAGGACGCGAUCGAGGCCGUGGAGUCCGAUCUCCAGAGCAUGCAGACUCGCGACGAUGUUGAAAUCCACGACCGAUCCAAGCUGUCCAAACUCCUAGCCGCCAUCUCGACCUUGGGCUUUGCGACCGACCGCACCGUCCCAGAGGAGGCGCGACAGCUCGGCGAAGCCACCCGGGCCGUCAUGAUCUCUCCCGGGCAGCCGCAGGGUUGGGUGCAAGUGGCGGCCGCGUCACAGGAGGUGUAUCCGGCAGAGAUGGCGGUCAAACGAGCGCUGAAGAGUGUUCCACCACAUGGCGCCCUGGAUGCCGAUGAUCUCAGCCAGGCCUUUUCUCAUACAGGCAAGGCCAGUGAUGCCCUGCGGGCGAUCAUGGUCGCACCAUGGAGAAGAGAUGGCUGGGAGGAGUUGAGCCAUGCAGUAUCGGGGGUCUAG